AUGGCUUCUCAAUCACAGUUGAGGGUUUGCCUAACCAAGCCUCGAGUCUUUAUCAUUUCAGACAUUUCAAACGAGCCUGACGAUGCCGAGUCAUUGGUCAGAUAUCUCUUGUAUUCCAACGAGUUCGACACACGAGGAUUGGUCGCCUGUACAUCAACAUGGAUGAAACGAGUGGUCCAUCCUGAAGACAUCGAAAAGGUCAUCCAUGCUUACGAUAAAGUCGUGCCAAAUUUGAAUAAGCAUGUUCAUGCGGAGAAUCAGUACUCGCCCGGUCAGUGGUUCCUUGACAUGCUGAAGACAGGACCUCCAUUGUACGGCAAAGAGGCUUUGGCGGACAAUGUUCCCCUAAGCGAUGGCGCUCAACUACUGGUCGAUCGCCUCGCCGAGUCUGACAAGCCACUGUGGGUUCUUUGUUGGGGAGGCACCAACGUCCUCGCUCAAGCAUUGCGCCAUACAGGGCUCUCAAUGUCAGCUGAGGAUCAUCGGCAGCUCCGUGGUAAACUACGGGUCUACGCUAUUUCUGACCAGGAUGAUACGGGCGUCUGGAUUCGUCAUAACUUUCCCGACGUCUUUUACAUAACGUCAUUACAUGGCUGGAAUCAGUAUGGUAACGCUCUGUGGACGGGGAUAUCAGGAGACCAGUUCUAUGGAUUCGACCAGGGUGGCCCUGAUUCUCGCCUUGUGUCUGCAGAGUGGAUCCGCGAGAAUAUUCAGAUUGGGCCCCUUGGUAAAGCGUACCCUGAAUUCGCCUUCAUCCCCGAGGGAGACACGCCGACCUUCCUCUACUUGGUCCAGAAUGGUCUAGGGUCGCCUGAGCAUCCUGAAUGGGGAAGCUGGGGCGGCAGAUAUCUCCCCGUCGAUUCAUCUCAGGAGAGCCCCUACAACCACUACCAUGAUGCCACGGACCGAGUCGUGGGCGAAAAUGGCCAUGUUUUCAGGAGCAAUCAUGCCACAAUUUGGAGGUGGAGGAAGGCAUUCCAAAAUGAUUUUGCAGCUCGAAUGCAAUGGACACUUCGCGGCGAUAUAACCAGGGCCAACCACUCGCCCGUCAUCGUUGUCAACGGAAGUACCGGACCUGAACCGCUCUUUCUCAGCGCAGCCGCCGGAGACUACGUCGAUCUAGAUGCAUCAGCCACAUACGAUCCUGACGGUGACAACCUGGUAUUCAAAUGGCUCCACUACAAGGAGGUAACUGCAACACAAUGGAUCAUCGACAAUGAGGUCAAAGAUGUUGAGUUCGAGGACCUGGAUGCCGAUCUUCCAGGAAGGCAUGUAAGGGCCAAGCUUCCAGAAAAAUGCACGGUAGAUCGCUCCGCUGGCCUAUCCAGCCCACAAGGCCAGGUGAUGCAUCUUAUUUUGGAAGUCUGUGACAACGGUAGCCCGUCUUUGACUACCUAUAAAAGAGUGGUUGUGCAGUCGCUAAUUAAGCAUGAGGGCUAA